GUGUUGGGACGCAUGGACGGGGCGAAGGACGGGCCCUCCGGCAGGUGCUUGGCAGUCUCAGCUUCCUCCACCACACCACUGUCCUCCAAGAACCUGCUCCCUGGCCUUGGGGAUGAACUGUGUGGUGGGUCUCCCAGGCAAAUGGACGGCUACCGGUGGUGUGAUCCUGGAGCCAGUUUGUCCCAGGCCACCAGUCCCCACCUCUCAUCACGCGGGAGCAUUAUCAAAAGGCUUCGGGACUCCUCCGAGACGGGCUACAGUGCUUACCACGCAGACAAGUACGACGAAGACAAGAACCCCAAUGGCAUCAUUAACCUCGCCACCAGUGAGAAUAAGCUUUGCUUCGACCUGCUGUCCGAGCGGCUGAAUCAGAAGGACAUGCAUCACAUCGAACCGACCCUUCUGCAGUACAGUGACUGGAGAGGACACGGGUUCCUGCGAGAAGAAGUGGCCAGGUUCCUUACCUACUACUGCAAAGCACCGGCGCCUCUCAAACUGGAAAAUGUGAUCGUGCUGAACGGCUGUACCUCCCUGUUCGUAGUGCUGGCCACCGUUCUGUGUGAGCCAGGAGAGGCUUUUCUGAUUGCCACUCCCUUCUAUGGGGCCAUCACUCAGGAUUUGUAUUUCUAUGGGAAUGUCUGCCUUGCCUAUGUCAACCUAGACAGCAAGGUCACUGGGACAGACAGCCGCCCCUUCCAGCUCACAGUGGAGAAGCUGGAAGCAGCCCUGCAGGGAGCCAGGUCUGAGGGGGUGAAUAUCAAGGGCCUCAUUCUCCUGAACCCCCACAACCCUCUGGGUGACAUCUAUUCCCUGGAAGAAAUGCUGGAUUUCCUGGAGUUUGCCAAGAGGCACGCUCUUCAUGUGAUCGUGGAUGAAAUCUACAUGCUGUCAGUAUUUGAUGAGUCGUCCCCUUUCCACAGCGUUCUGGGCAUGGACAGGCUCCCUGACCCCCAGAGGACCCAUGUGAUGUGGGGGACCAGCAAGGACUUUGGAAUCUCAGGCAUCCGCUUUGGCAUACUCUACACGGAGAACAAAGACGUGGCUAAUGCUGUGGCAUCCCUCUGCUGCUUCCAUAGCAUCUGUGGCAUUGUCCAGCACCAGAUAGCCCAGCUGCUUCGUGACCAAGACUGGAUCGACCACGUGUACCUGCCAGAAAAUCGCUCCCGCCUCAAGGCCGCUCACACUUACGUCACUGACCAGCUGAAGAGUCUGGGGAUCCCCUUCCUCGACCGCAAAGCUGGAUUCUUCAUCUGGAUCGACUUGAGCAAGUACCUGCGCUCAGGCACGUUUCAGGAGGAGAAGGAGCUGGGGCGACGCUUCUUGGAUAACAAGGUGCUGCUGUCUUGUGGCCAGGGCUUCAAGUGCAAAGAGCCCGGCUGGUUCCGCCUUAUUUUCUCUGACGAAAAGCCCCGGCUGCAGCUUGGGAUGCAGCGGAUCAGGCAGGUGCUGUCGGAGCUGGAGCUGCAGUCAGGGAAUUUCCCGCCACCCUGUCAGCCGCCAGAGCAGAGCAGCAAAUGA